CUGGGAGUUGGUUCCAUUAUCUUGCACACACUACUAGCUGGCUAGCUAUCGAGCACAGUCAUGUCCAAGCUGCCAAGUAGUGCUGCAUACCUUGUCUCCACCUUGACAAACGGCUCUCUUUCCCGUGAAACAUUUCGCAAAUUCUUCGAGUGCUGGCUUGCAGAGCAAAACAAUUAUCUCGAACAACUCAUCUCAACCUGUAAAGAUUAUGAUCACAACAAAAAAAACUCCCCCCAAUCAUCUCAGGCAACCCUCCAGCCUCUUAUCAACCGGGUUCUUGAGCAUUAUGAGCAUUAUUAUAGAGCCAAGUCAAGAUGGGCCAAAGAUGAUGUGUUAUCCAUGCUCUCACCUUCAUGGACUAGUACUCUCGAGCAUGCUUUUCUUUGGAUUGGUGGGUGGCGGCCCUCUGUGGCUUUUCACUUGCUCUACUCAAAGUCAGGUCAUCAGCUUGAGGCUCAACUCCAUGAGUUGAUUUGUGGGUUGGGGACAGGUGACUUGGGUGACCUUUCAGCUAGUCAACUCACCCGAGUUGAUCAGUUACAGAGGAAGACUAUCAGGGAAGAGAACGAGCUGACUGAGAAGCUUGCAAAGCAUCAAGAAACUGUAGCAGACUCGUCUAUGGUGGAGUUAGCACAUGAGGUGACUGAGUUGUUGAGGAGUGAGAACACGGGUGAUGAAGUGGAGGAAGAGCGAGUUGAGUCAACUCUGGCACCUAAAAAGGAUGGAUUGCAGGAAAUCUUGCAGAUGGCUGAUGAUCUACGGGUGAGAACUAUUAAAGGUGUUGUCGAGAUAUUGACUCCAAUCCAAGCCGUUCAUUUCUUGAUUGCUGCUGCUGAGUUGCACUUGCGCCUUCAUGACUGGGGUAAGAAGGGUGAUUGGGCACGCCGCGUCCACCACUGAUAUGCGAUUUAUUAGUGGAUAAUCAUCCAUGAAUUACACCCAUAUUUGCUUUUCUGUUGACAUAAUUAAGAAAUGGGGAGACUGAUUUCGGUUUUAGAGGCAGGAUAAGCAAGAAACGCAGUAAUGUUUAAUUAUAUUUUCAGAUUGAAUCUAUCCAUGCUUGCUAUGUAUUAUCCAUUAGGUGCUUUUAAGUCCUCAAGCACUGGCAUUUUAGUUUAAUAUAUGAUGUUGCGAGUUAAUUUCUCCAA